AUGGCGCCCAAGGGCAAAGUGGGCACGAGAGGAAAGAAACAGAUAUUUGAAGAAAACAAAGAGACCUUGAAGUUCUACUUGCGGAUCAUACUGGGGGCCAAUGCCAUUUACUGCCUUGUGACCUUGGUCUUCUUUUACUCAUCUGCUUCAUUUUGGGCCUGGGCAGCCCUGGGCUUUAGUCUGGUGGUAUAUGGGGCCAGCUACCACUCCAUGAGCUCGAUGGCACGGGCAGCUUUUUCUGAGGAUGGAGCCCUAGUGGAUGGUGGCAUGGACCUCAAUAUGGAACAGGGCAUGGCAGAGCACCUUAAGGAUGUGAUCCUAUUGACAGCCAUUGUGCAAGUGCUCAGCUGUUUCUCCCUCUACAUCUGGUCCUUCUGGCUUCUGGCUCCAGGCCGAGCCCUUUACCUCCUAUGGGUGAAUGUGCUAGGCCCGUGGUUCGCGGCAGACAGUGGCACCCCAGCACCAGAGCACAAUGAGAAACGGCAGCGCCGACAGGAACGGCGGCAGAUGAAGCGGUUAUAG